AUGGUUCGAAUCACAAAGAUCUCCCCUCACAAAUGCAGUUCCUGUCAUUUGCCUUACAAUAGCUCUUCAAAUGCUACAAAAUGUCAAAAUAGAUGUCUUAAAAAGCUGGUAGAUGCAGCUAUCAAUGGAUCUUUCAUCCAAGACAUGUCUCUCCCUGUUGAAAUCCAGUCUAUGCCAGCACCAGCCCCAAGCUUGAUCGUUGAUGAAGACAUUAAUAUAAUCAGUGAUGAAAAUAUGGAUAUCAUUGACAGAACUGAAAAUGAUGAGCCCAUAAAAAGAUUGCCAGCCACUUCAACGAGAUUCUUGCUAGCUCUACAAGCACAUAUAGAGCAUGCACACCUUACCUUGAGGAGAAGAAAUAUGACGUUUGCUGCAAUGGCUGUAUGUUGUUUGAUGCAAAUGAAACUGAGUGCUCACAUUGUGGUGAAGAUUGCUACAAGAGUGCCCAAGACAAUGUAUUUCCGUAUGUCACCAGCCACUGCCCUACAUACACUGGGGAGCUUCCAUGAUUUCCGUGAGGCAGACGAGUCCAGCCAAAGAGGACUUACAGGACAAUUACCACUGGCAACAUUGGAUGCAUUCUCCAGGCCAUAUUUCUUCACCUUGGAUGAAAUGCACAGUGUCUGCCAUGGUGUAGCAAAACAGGUCUGGGGGCUCGUCACUGGCAAGUACAGAAAAAAACAUCUGCUUGUUCUCUCUGUUGGAGUCCAGAAAGAGAUAGAUGCAGCAAUGACAUCGACAAGGAAAACGAUCCCUACAUCAUUUCAUGGUGCUUGGAGAGACGUAUCAAAGAAUGCAGAAUACUUUAAGACAGUAGACUGGGCAGACUUCCUUCUGUUUGUUGUUCUGACUCUAGUAGCAGAACGGAUAAGAAAUAUACCUGCACGGAAGGCAUUGCUUGGCCUUGUACAAGUGUGCAAUUUACUCAUGAGCUGGGAGUUAUCAACUCUGCUUGCCAAGGACAAGGUCGAUCUUAAGGUUUUCACCAUUAACCAGCACCUCUUACAACACUACCCAGAUAUGAUCGAAGCAUUUGGCCCGCCAAGAUCAUACAAUGCUAGAUCGGUAGAAAGAGCAAUUGGUGAGUACUCUAAUGUCAUUAAGAGUAACUCUGCCAUCGGAACCAAUGCUGGCAAUAUCAUGCUUUGCUUGGCACAGACCAGACAGAUAGAGCACACAAAGGCAUAUAUAGCAGCAAGACUUCUUCCGAUGACGGGUGAAGGUGAACGUGUUGGUGCUGGGUCUGAUAUUGAGUUCUGGGGGCCUUUGAGGAAUAGAACGAUUCGAGAUAGUUUUGAAGGCAUUUCAUGUCUUUCAAAACUUCUUGAAGACUUUUAUGAUUCAAAGGGGGAAGAGUGUAGCAUGAUUGAAGCAGCUAUACAAACUAGCUGCAAGGCAUUUGUCAAUGGUUGUGUGAUUGACUCUGCGCUCGACCAAAAUUGUGUAAGAGAGGCACAUAACAUCAGAUUACAGAUUCAGGUUGAUGAGAACCGCAACAUUGGGCAGAGCUACUCUCCAAUCUAUAAGGAUUUCUUUGGGAAGGUUGUCGUUUUCUUUGAGCACAAGCUUAACAACAAGAGACCGAAAAGAAAGUCACAAAUUCGAAAAUCCCGAGUUUUUUCCCAUAGUGAUAUAGUAUAUUAUCUUUUUAGGGAAUAUGUCUAUAUAUUCUUGUUUUUGAGAGAUUCUAACUUUUAUGAAAUUCAUCUCAGCAAACUCAAAGAUUGCUUUUGUACUUCACUAUUACAGGUGCUCUUAAGUGCUUUUGUCUUCAAAGAUUAUCAGAAAUAUAGAUUCCAUGACCCUAUAUUUAGCUUAGAAUAA